UGGUAUCUAUUUGAUGUCAUGUGUUGCAGAAAUGAUAGUUUGAAGAUGGGGGACUGGAAUUUGCUGGGCAGUAUUCUUGAAGAAGUUCACAUUCACUCCACCAUUGUUGGUAAGAUCUGGCUCACCAUUCUCUUUAUAUUCCGGAUGCUUGUUCUUGGAGUGGCAGCUGAAGAUGUGUGGGAUGAUGAACAGGAUGACUUUAUAUGCAACACAGAUCAGCCAGGCUGCAAGAAUGUGUGCUAUGAUCAAGCGUUCCCCAUCUCACUUAUACGGUACUGGGUGUUACAGAUAAUAUUUGUGUCCUCUCCGUCUCUAGUCUACAUGGGACAUGCUCUUUACAGACUAAGAGCAUUGGAAAAGGAGAGACAGAAGAAGCGAGCACAAAUCAAGGCAGAGCUGGAGGAGCUAGACACUCUGAUUGAUGAACAUAGGAGACUGGAAAGAGAACUCCGAAAGUUAGAGGAACAAAAAAAAGUAAACAAGGCACCUCUAAGGGGCUCACUGUUACGGACAUAUGUUCUGCAUAUCUUAACCAGAUCUGUGGUGGAAGUUGGCUUUAUGAUAGGCCAAUAUCUAUUGUAUGGAUUUCAACUGGAUCCCCUGUAUAAGUGUGCACGUUUGCCAUGUCCUAACACGGUGGACUGUUUUGUGUCCAGGCCAACAGAGAAGACUAUUUUUAUGGUGUUUAUGCACAGUAUAGCAGCGGUAUCUCUGUUCCUAAAUAUCUUAGAAAUAUUCCAUUUGGGAAUCAAAAAGUUAAGAAAGGGGUUAUACAAGAAGCACAUGUCUGAUGUGACAGAGGAUGAAAUAAGCAUUUGCAAGUCAAAGAAAAACUCAGUGCAACAGGUUUGCAUCAUGAGUAAUUCUUCACCAAACAAGAUGAUCCCUAUGUCUUCAAGUGGCUACAAGCUGCUACCUGACCAGCAAAUGGACUCAGUUGGGCUGCCAGCUUAUCUGCCACCUACACAGAGCUUUAAGGAAGUGCAGAUGAUCAAUGACCAAACCCAGUAUGGAAAAAUCAUGGUCCCCGACAAGCAUAGGAGGAGUGGAGAUCAUAUUAACAUGGACCAGCACAGUGGACAGAUUAAUAAACAAGAGUCAAGGUAUGUAGAAUGCCACAGGAUGAGUAACCACAUUGAUCAGUACCAUGGACAGGUAUUAAACAGGAGUCCCCCUGAUCAGCACAUGGGAGAUCAACCACACCCUUCCAAUGUACAAAAGAGGAACCUGUCCUCCAGCAGUGAGGAUUCCCAUAAGAAAUCACAGUACAACAGGAACUGCCUGGGAUCCAAGGGCUGCCUAAAGAGCCAGCAGUCUUUAGACCAGGCUCGGCAUGGUCCAGUCCACCCCCUGAGAUCCUGCCUUCAUUCCAGUCACAUGGAGCUUCCUUCUGCCUUGCGCAAGUACAGUAGGGUUAGCAGUUGCAAGGACUUUGCUGAGGAUCGCAGUGACUCUGCAGACAGUGGCCACAGGAAAGUCAGUUCCACUUCCAGGGGGCUGUCCGAGAGCAGGCUGGCCAGUGACCCAGAGAGUUCUGACUCAAGGAAUGGUUCAGGCUCUGAGUCAAGAAAGCGAGAGGAAAGUCCAAGCAUCACUCCUCCUCCACCAUCCGGGCGCAGAAUGUCAAUGGCAAGUAAAGGCAGGCAGUCAAAGGCUAACCCUCUUUACAGGCUGCUGGUGUAG